GACCCCAGUGGAGAAGUACAGAUAAAAUUUAUUCUGUGGGCUGGUGCAAAGUCCAUAGUAUAACGACCAUAGAGUUCUCCUAGGAAAGCUCUAUUGUGGAUUUAUAAGUGUCCAAGCAAAAAGGUCAAGUCUGUGUAGCAUAAUGUUCUCAACAUGUUCAAGAAGGGGAAGUUUUGUACAUAUCCCAACAUUAAAUUCUGCCUUAGGGCAUAAACCUUAUUCCAACCUUGCAAAGACAUAGGGUAUGACUUUGGAAUCUCAUUCUGUUCCUUACAGCACUACCCAGAUAGAAUGCAUUAUAUUUCCUAUCCAUUAGAGUAGGCCUCUAUAUGGCUAUUAUCUUCCAUCAGAUGAGGUUUUUAUUUGAAGUUGGGAACUUUAUCUAAUGAGACCCAAUAUUGUACUUUUAAUUCAGACAGAUAGUCUUUUCAAUUGUCACCAACGUUCCUUCCCAAAGAAGUAUUCCUCCUUUGGUUAAGCAUCAAAGUCUAGUCCUUGAGAUCACUGACAGUUUCAGGGCAGAGUAGUCAUGUCUUCUGUAUUGAGAUUUGCUAGAGAAUUCACCAGAUUUUGCAUAUUGGUCAUCCAAUGUCGGCCAAUUCCCUUUUACUUCUGGAAAAAGUCUUCUCCACUCCUGAGUAGGAGUAGAUAAUUGUAUGUACUAUACCUUGUUUUGAGAUCCAUAUUUACAGGAUAAUCCUGCUUUCUGCCCUCGAGGCACACUGCUAUGCAAAUCCUGUUGCUACAGAUCUGUGGACCUUAGCAUGAAGAAUAGGAAAACUUAUCCAUGCUUAUGUAGAAAUUUCCUUCUUCAAGUAGCAAGGCUCAGAGAUCUGGCCCUCUCAGGAGACAAAUGGAUCAUCCAGAAUAGAAAUUGAUAUCCAAGGAUUAAGGUUUAUUGUCAAUAGGUGGAAUUUAUCAUGCUCUGCAGUAAGAGAUUUUUGUAUCCUUCCCCACCCCGAGUAUAUUUAACGCAAUAUGUAAUUUAGGAAAGUAGAUUUGAAUUAUUCUGGUUAUGGAAGUUGUCUCAAGUAGAAGGAACUUAAGGAGGUGGUGCAAUCUUCCGUUGCCAGUGCCUGACGGAGCUGGUUCUGCUCCAAGGCUGCAAUCCUAUUGUAAUGGAUCUGUGGAUCCUAUUAUUCCAAAAAAAUAUAUAUUUAUUUCAGAUAAGUUUGGAUACCUUUCCCUAUUAUAUUAAGCUUACAGUUUGGGCAAAAAAUUUUAAAAUCCAUCCAUCUAUGCAAUCACAGAUUCCGAAUCUUUCUGCAAUUGCAUAUCUAACUUGCACACAUAAGUAACUAAAAUAGGCCAUACAAAUUCGAGGAAUUUAAAUUCACAUUUUAAGUAUAUAAAGGGGUGUGGGGGCACUUAAAAAUUGAUUGUACUACGAUGGGGAAGAGGGGAAAAAAGAAUAAAGCUAAGGAGAAGAUAUUUAAUUUUUAACUAUCCAUUAAUAAUGGAAUGUUUAACACAUAUUUUUUUAAAUAAAGAAUUAAUAUUGUAUUGUGGAAAUAUACUUGUUUUAGGAAAUGAAGUGUAAUUGUUAUUGACUGGUUCCUAUAUUGAAUCAGUCUACUUUGGUCUCUGUGGUUUGUGUGUGUGUGUGUGUGUGUGUGUGUAUGUAUAUAUAUAUAUUGUUCAAAAAGCAUUUUGUAUGUCCUCCAAAAACUCAGAGGAAAGAAAAUGAUGGUUCACCAUCAUUAAAACUUCAGAUGUCUUUUAGCUCUCAAACAUUCACUAAGUGUUUUAUUUAAGUGAUUAUGUUCUUUAUUAAUAAAACUAACAUUUUACAAACUAGCCCUACUUGCACAUCUAAUUGGUCAAUGAUUCUUUUACUUAGGUGUUGGCAAAACUAUUGCAUUUUCUGACAGAUGCUUCAAUACAUCAAAACUAAAAAGUCAACCUUUCGUGAGAUGACUCUAUAGUAACAAUCACUGUAACUUUAAAAUGCCUGAAGCAUGAGAAGAUCAUAUCCACUGGAAGGCUUACUGACUUCCAUUCUUGAGAAUCCCAGAACAACAUCAGUCUGGCAUGGCGCAGGGUAGUCAGCAACUUGAUGUGCAGGUACUCCAUGACCUCCGGCAACGUUUCCCUGAGAUUCCAGAAGGGGUGGUGUCUCAGUGCAUGCUCCAGAACAACAACAACCUUGAAGUAUGUUGUCGAGUCCUUGCGCAGGAGAGCAACAAAUACUUGUAUAUGGAGUACCAUAGCCCUGAUGACAGCAGAAUGAACAGGAAUCGCCUUUUGCACAUUAACCUGGGUAUUCAUCCCCAUACCAGCUAUCAGGCAGGGGAAGGAGCUCAACUUAACGGUGGUCGUACACUGGUACAUAGCUCAAGCGAUGGACAUAUUGAUCCACAGUGCACAGCAGGUAAACAGCUGAUAUGCUUAGUUCAAGAACCACACUCUGCUCCAGCUGUUGUGGCAGCUUCUUCUAAUUACAAUCCAUUUUUCAUGAAUGACCAGACUAGAAAUGCAGCUACUCCUCCUCCGCAACCACCUCAACAGCCAUCUUCCAUGCCUCCAGGAAUGAACACAUCUGCUAUGCAAGGCCCUCAUCCUCCUACAUAUAUGCACAUACCUCGGUACAAUACAAAUCCUAUUACUGUUACGUUAUCACAAAACCUCCCCUCUGGACAAACAGUACCCAGAGCUUUACAAAUUCUUCCACAGAUUCCAAGCAAUCUUUAUGGGACUCCUGGUUCUAUAUAUAUUAGGCAGACGUCUCAAAGUUCUUCAGGACGACAGACUCCUCAGAAUGCACAGUGGCAUUCUUCUCCACAAGGCCCAGUUCCACAUUAUACUCCACACCCGCUACCUGUUUAUCCACAUCAGCAGAACUACCAACCUUCUCAGUAUUCUCCUAAACAGCCCCAGAUUCCUCAGCCAGCUUAUCAGUCACCACCUGCAUCUCAGUGUCCUUCUCCUUUUGGCUCUCCUCAGCAUCAGGUACAGCCUACCCAAUUAGGUCAUCAGACUUCACAUGUGUUUAUGCCUCCUAGUCCAUCAACUGUUCCACCCCAUCCAUAUCAACAGUCACCCCAGAGUUAUCAAAAACAGGGUGGUCACUCAGUAUCUUAUCUCCCUUAUGGUGGACCUAGUUUAUCCAAAGGUUCUAUGAACAAGAUAGAAAUUACAGUUGAGCCACCACAAAGACCUGGGACUGCAAUGAAUAGAAGUCCUUCACCAAUAAAUAAUCAACCAUCUCAACGAAACCAGCACCCGCUGUAUGCAGCCACUACUCCACCUUCAGGCUCUCCUUCUAGAGGUAUGUCAGGUCAACCAAAACCACCAUUUAAUGUUAAUCCAUUAUAUAUUACCUACACACAACCAACUGGACCUACAGGUGUACUAACGCAGUCUCCCCGGGUAAUGGUAUCUCAGCCAAACUCAACAGUGUUUAAAAUCACAGUAGGUCGAGCGCAGACUGAGAAUCUUUUAAAUUUAGUGGACCAAGAGGAGCGUUCUGCAGCCCCAGAACCUAUUCAGCCCAUUUCAGUAAUACCAGGAUCUGGAGGAAAAAAAGGAAUCCAUAAAUACCAGAGGAGUUCCAGUUCUGGAUCAGAUGACUACGCUUAUACUCAAGCCUUGCUAUUACAUCAGCGAGCAAGGAUGGAGAGGUUAGCAAAAGAACUGAAGCUUGAGAAAGAGGAACUUGAGCGGCUGAAAACUGAAGUCAAUAGCAUGGAGCACAAUCUUAUGCAGAGGCGACUUAGAAGAGUAAGCUGUACAACCUCAAUCCCAACACCUGAGGAAAUGACCAGAUUGAGAAGCCUGAAUAGACAGCUCCAGAUAAAUGUUGACUGUACUCUGAAAGAAGUUGACCUCCUUCAGUCUAGAGGUAACUUUGAUCCGAAAGCCAUGAGCAACUUUUAUGAUAAUAUACAGCCUGGUCCUGUUGUGCCACCAAAGCCAUGUAAAAAAGAGCAUCAAAGCAGCUCCAAACAGACUCAGCCAAGAGAUGAAGACUUCGAAGGGGCUCCAUGGAAUUGUGAUAGCUGCACCUUUCUGAACCACCCAGCGCUAAACCGCUGUGAGCAGUGUGAAAUGCCACAUUACACCUGAAUCUGGAAAGGGUCUGCAUUAGGUUGAAAACAGGUUCUUGAUCCCACAGCCAUAGGAGAAGGAAACAUGGGGAACCUUUCAGUCCAUCUGCCAGGCCUUUGCCAGUCAACUAUUUUCAGAUUACAAUGGGGGAGGAAAAGAUGUGAAACUGUUUCCACUUGUACUGCUCUAAAGAAUUAAUUUGCGGGGCGGGGAGGGAAAUAUUCUUUUCUUAUGCCAUUGCAGUGAGCAAAGCAGAAAGGAUAGCCAAAACCAGAAAAGGAUUCACUCUUCGAAGAAUGUAUACAGGAAAGCAGAUAAUUGCUUCUGUUUAAUCCUAUGGCUACAGUUACUGCUUAGUGGCUCUUAAAUUUUAAAUAUAGAACUUUUAGUAAUGUUGUGAAAUAUUACAGUUAUCCUGACAAACUGAAGCCAUAGCUGACCUACCUGGUCCCAGCUAGCUGGAAAACAAAGGCUCCCUGUGCUUCUGGAUUGUAAACUACUGAAAAAGAAGACAGGAAAAUGCAAUUGUAAAUUUUACAACAUAUAGAAAACAGAGAGAAGGGUAUUUGUAAUCGCUGCUUUUUUUCAGGGUGAUUUAAGUCUACACAAAAAUUUGUUGUUUUGAGAUUGUGACUUCUGGUGCAAAAAUGAGGUACUGUCUGAGCCUUACAAAAAGUAGACUCUGAGGUGAUUCUACAAUCCCUUUUGCUUGUAGAGUGCUCACCAAGCAGUGUCAACGCUGGGGGUAAUUAACUAAGAACUAAUUCUACCAUAUUACUGAUGAAAAGAGUGCUGCAUGCUUUUAUUAGGUCAUUGUGUGGUAAAGCUAAAAGUAAAUUAUGCUUUUAUAAAUAACGUUCUCCUAAGACUGCCCUGUAGCAGAACAGUGAACGUAUGCCAAAUGCCAGAACUAUUCCAAAUUCUGUUUGGAAGAUUUGAGCUCAGCCAUGAUUAUGUAUGAGAAGUGUUUGCACCCUGUUACUUAGGCCUUUUCUGCUUCCAAUUUUGUGAAGAAUUCUUGAUGUUUACAGCACAGAAGGUACUUUGUGCCCCAAUCCUGAUUUAGCUGAAAAAGAAUUAAUCAAUAUUAGCUCUUCAAUAAAGGUUUAUUUGCACACUGUUAAUAAACCAGCCUGUAUAAAAUAGCAGAUGGCAGAUCUGGAAAAGUUGCACACUGCAUUUUUUUAAUUUUGGUCAGGAAAUGUUUGCAAUACAGUGAAGAAUACAAAACACUUGCAAACUAAAAACCAUGCAGGUACUUUUAUGCACAUAAUGUAUUGUAUUAUAUUAAAUGAUCAGUUUUGUUUAAAUGCUUCAGUUUGCUGUAAUAAAGCAGUCAUUAUUUGUGAAAUCAGAACUUCUGGAUUUGGGCAGCUGAAUGAUUAUGAUGUGAAAUUGUGAGACUGAUUUAGGAUGUUUUUCAUAUCGGUAAGAAGCUGGUACCAUGCAAUUGAAUUUUUACACUGUAACUUUGUUGUGUAAAAUCUAACAUUUUCACGGCAUUUGAAAGGGAGAGUUUUUGGUUUUUUGCUUGUAUUGCCUUUCUGGUGUCUUCCCUCCAUGCGGUUUAAAAAGAUAGCAGCAAAAACUGCUGUUUUGUGAUUCAGAUCAGGAACUACCUUUUAUAUGGUAUGAUAUUGAAAUAUGUUCCUUCAAUCAUAAAAUUUUAAGCAUAACCUAAAAUUUAUUUAAUAAGUCUGCUUGAGAUCAAGUGAAGUGUGCAUCAUUAAUAAGCAAAAUGAAGUCAAAGGCAUCAAAACUGAGAUUUCUUUUUUAAGUUGAUGAUGAUUUUGCACUGUAUGAUGAGGAGCUCAUAUCUGAAAGAAAAGAAAAAUUCCCACUGUCCAGAUGAAGUUAAAAAUAAGAGUAAAUUUUUGUAAUUCUGUUUUGUAUAAAUGGAUGGUGUGGGAAAACUGAAGGGACAGUGUGGAAAACAGAUGAGCUGAAGUAUUUUACCGAAAACAUUUUUCUUCCUUGAGAGAUUAGCAACAUCUUUACCUGAUGUAUAUUCAGGUAUUCAAUACAAUAUCAAUUCUAUCAUAGUUCUUCAGUGAUGAUGCCUUUUCUUUUGUAUGAUUUCAGUUUUCAAUCCUUUUUAGGUUGACUUUUUAACAGCUUUAGCUUUUGCUGCUGGAAUAGCAAAAAUAACUAAAAUGACAGUCAUCAGAUGAGUAACAGUAGCAUGCUGGAGAACAGUUGUGCCACUUUGUUUUAAGACAGGGUAGAUGCUGUUUAUAAAAAAAAAAAAAUGCAUGCAACUCAUUAAUUCUGUGAGCUCUAAUAAUCCUAAAUGCAUGGUUUCUGGUGUUACAAAGACAUUCUAGUCUUAGUCAUAGCUCUCACUGGCUAGCAGUGAAAAGAAGACAAAAAAGAGGCAACCUGUGAGGAGAUGCUAUUGGGAGGGUGAGAGAGAGUGCCAUCAAAUGGGCAAGUUGAUUUUAAGAGCAAAGCUGAUUUUUAUUUGAGCUUUUUUCAGUUCUCAUUUGUUGGUUGUACAAAAAGUAUUGAAAAUUUAAAAUUAAUGAACAAACAUUAGCAGUAAAAGAACUCUAUAUGGUACUUGAAUCUUCAGUUUGUUAGAACAUAAGUUGUAUUUAAAUAUUAGAUCAUGCAUUUUGCUUUUGGAAGCAGGCAACACCUUUCACACUCCAACUGAAAUGUAGACUAUGCCAAAAAAGGUUUCUUCGUGUAAUAUUUAUUUAAUGCACACAAAACCGUAAUGUCAGCUGGCAUAUAAAAUGCACUGUAUUGUAUGAAACUUUUGAGUGUAUGUGUGUGUGGAUGGCAGGAUGCUAAUGCCUUUGUGUUGUUAAUGCACUACUUAUUUUUAAUAACAAGCUUUCCCUCAACCGUGCUAAUAGACUAGUUUGGUUGGUAACUUACUUGGACUUUAGCUAUUCAAAAAGAUUUCACGCUUCAUCUAAAUUAACUUUUAUAAAAGCUUAUUUUAUAUUUAUCAUCUAUUAGUAUCAAUUAUCCCUUUCUACAACCAUGGUUUUAAAAAGUUUUAGUCAGAGUGGGACUUGUGAACAAUAUUUCAGGGUAUAGCAAACCAAAAGAAAUCCUAAACUUGGCUAUGCUUCAAAUUUGAUGUAAUUAUCAACCUUGUUUGUUUGGGAGGGAGAAGGGCAGGUAGGGGCUAAGAAGAAAAUACUUUGUUAAAUAUAGUCUAAGGUCAGAUUGAGUUGUGCAUUUGUGUGUCUGUGGUACGUGUGUUUUCCCUUAAGAUGGGACGUGUGAUGAGAAGGUGUAAUAAUUUUUAAAGAGCUGGUCUCAGUCUUAGUACUUCCUAAUCAUGUGCUACUAAAUCAUGUUUUCUUUAAAAAUAUAUUAUUGCUUUCAGUUAGUGUAUCUAUCCCAGUUAUACACUCAUUUCAAUUUUUCCAUGGCAACACAUGUUGACAUUAAGAUUGAUUGAUUUUGAUUGUAAAAUCCUUUGAAACUGAAUUCAGAAAUAUUUAAGAACUGAAAUUGGGACAAAAAAUGGGAAAAAAUAAAGAAUGUGAGACUAUCAAAUAAGUUAAAAAUGAAAUUGUCAUCUUGAUCCUUUUUAAUAUUCAUUGGUGUACCCAGGAAUGUGAAAAUGGCUUUCAUAGUUCAAGAUGAACAGUUGGACUCAGAGAUACUUAACUGCUUCUCUGAGUCUGUAAAAUUUACAUGCUAUGAUACUACUGUGACUCUCCACCCCAUACAGAGAGAAGACAUGCACACAAACAAUGCGUCUUGUAGUCAAUAUUGCUUCUGUGUUCCGCAUCUAUUUUAUUUUCUUUCCAAAUGUUAACAUAAUUAUUUAAAGUUGGCCAUGAUUGAAACUUGCUGUAUUUUUUAGUUUGGGGCAUUCUCAUUGCUUAUCUAUAAAUAUUAAUACAGAUAGGUUUUUCUUGACUUGUUUGAAUAAUAAGAGGUCAUUGGAUUUAAUGCAAUAUUAUAAUUUUGGAUUUUCAAGACCUUAAAGAAUUUUUUAAAACUCUGUUCUUGAAAUUUAUUUAUUUAUGGUGGCACCGAUGUAUCUAAUCCAUAUUUCCUGCUAUGUGAAACCCUGUUAAAUUUUUUUCAUUAAAACAAGACUAGAUCUUGUUAAAUCCUGUAAAUAUGAUGUCUCUAGAUUUAGAUGUAUAUGCUGUGAAUGAGAUUAUUACCAAGAGAUGAAAUUGUACGAAAGCAUUAAGAGGCUAUGCAUGUGUGGUAUCUCCAGAAAGUGCAUACUCGGAAAGUUGCAGAUUUCUGCAAAAAAUAAAUUAAUAAACUAAGAAAACAUCACAUGCUGCAUUUGUUCUCAUGUGUAGUAGAAGACAUUUCCAAAAUACCAAAUUUUCUUGCUUUGAUGUUUCUGUGUUAAAGUGUAGCAUUCUCCCAAAAACCAAUACCUGUAUCAAACUUU